AUGAGUUCAAAAGAAAAAAAUUUAUUUAGUGAUAAUAGUAGUGAUGAGGGAAGGAAAAAAAAACGCUUAAAAAAAAUUUCAAGUAACUUGUUUGAUGAUGAGGAUCAAAAUAUGUUAAAUAAUUCAGAUGCCAAAAGUGUUGUUGAAAUUAAAGAUGAAAGUGAUGAGGAACUAACAAAAGGUGCUUCUACUACUAAUAACAAAACAAACCAAAUUUUUAAAAAAAAUGCAUCAAAAAAAAAUGCUUAUUAUGAUAUAUCUUCAUAUUUUAAACCAGUUUCUAAAAAUUCAGGAAAAGAACAAACUGGAAAUAUUUCCAAUACCAAUAACCAAAGCAAAAAAAUACCCCUCGAAAAUGUUGAUGAAUAUUUUAGUAUUAUAGAAACAGGAUCUAAAAAAGUAACAUCUAAUUCAAAACGAGAAAGAAGUCAUGAUUCGGAUCUUUUAGAACAAAAUAGAUCCAAAAAAAAACACAUCUCCACUGAAGAUAACAAUAUUUUACAAAAAAAUGAAACUAAUGUUUCUCAAAAUUUUGAUUAUUUACCUUUUAUAAAUAAAAAAUUUGUCCUUACCGGUGUUUUCAAAACAUAUAGUAGAGAUGAUUUACAAAAUAAAAUUAAAGAACAUGGCGGAAGUGUAAUGUCGGCUGUUUCAUCAAGAACACAUUAUCUUGUUCAUGGCGAAUAUUUAGAAGAUGGCAGAUUAUAUAGUGAAGGAAAAAAAUAUCAAAAAGCUUAUGAACUCUCAAAACAAUCGAAAUCGAUAAUUAAAAUAUUAAAUGAAGAAGAAUUGCUACAAAUGUUUCCAAAUCAGCAAAGCAAUACUGAGCAAGAAAAAAAUGGGCAAGAAAAAAAUGGGCAAGAAAAAAAUGGGCAAGAAAAAAAUGGGCAAGAAAAAAAUGGGCCAUAUCAGAGUGUUAAACAUGAACAAGAACAGAAUAUGCCAUAUCAGAGUGUGAAAACUGGGCAAGAACAAAGUGUGAAAAAGGUGCCACAAGUGUUAAACCAAUUGUGGGUAGAUAAAUAUAAGCCUACUAAACUAGAAGAUUUAGUAGGCAAUACACAAAAUGUUUUUAAAUUAAAAACAUGGUUAUCAAGUUGGGAUGAUGUAUGUAUAAAAGGAUUAAAAAAACAAGUCACUAAAACGUUUAGAGGAAAUUUUGAAAACAUAAAUGCAAAAUGUGCAUUAUUAAGUGGACCCGCCGGAAUAGGAAAAACAACUACUGCAAAAAUUGUUUCUAUGGAUUCAGGAUAUAAUGUUAUAGAAUUCAACGCAUCUGAUGAAAGAAAUAAAGCCGCUGUUGAAAAAAUUAGUGAAAUGGCAACAGGAGGUUAUUCUAUUACCUCUUUAAAUAAUAAAAGUUUGAAAAAAACGUGUAUUAUUAUGGAUGAAGUUGAUGGAAUGUCUAGUGGUGAUAAAGGAGGUAGUUCCGCUAUAUUAAAAUUAAUAGAAAAAACCAAAUGCCCAAUUAUAUGUAUAUGUAAUGAUAGACAAAAUAGUAAAAUGAGAACUCUAGCUAAUAAAUGUUAUGAUCUAAAAUUUACAACACCAAAUAAAAAUAGUGUAGUUAAAAGAUUGUUAGAAAUAUGUAAAAAUGAAAAUCUUAUGAUGGAACCAAAUGCUUUAGAAUUAUUAUGGGAAAGUUCAAAUGGUGAUAUAAGACAAAUACUUAAUGCCUUACAAUUAUUAUCUAAAACAUAUAAAAGAAUACAAUUUUUAGAUAUAAAAAAAGAUAUAAAUAAUUCAAAUAAAAAUGUACAAUCAUUAGCAAACCCUUUUGAAAUAACACUCAAAUUAUUAAAUUUUCAUGAAUCAUCAAAAUUAAAAAUAAGAGAAAUUAUGGAUUUGUUUUUUGUAGAUUAUGAAUUAAUACCAUAUUUUAUAAGUGAAAAUUAUACAAAUAUUUUUAAUGAUAAUGAUAAAUCAAAUAAUCCUAUGAAUAAAUGGAAUACAUUUGCACAAAUUUCUUAUGACUUAUCUUUAGCAGAAAAAAUUAAAUAUAAUUUAAAAACAACUAUGGAUUAUUCAUUAUUACCACACUUUUCGAUAUUAUCUUGUGUAUGUCCGGUUAUGAGAAUAAGAUCUUUAAAGUCAUUUAUGCAAGGUAGAAUCAAUUUUCCAUCUGCUUUUGGAAAAAUAUCAACAUUUAAUAAAAAUAAAAGAUUACUAAAUGAAUUAUGUUUUAAUCUAUCUUAUAAACUUAAUGUUUAUCCAAAAUAUAUGAUAACUAGUGGAUUUCUUAAUUAUAUAUAUUAUAAAAUUAUUGUUUUAUUACAAAAAAAUAAUAUUAAUGAUUCUAUACAAUUAAUGGAACAAUAUAAUAUAACAAAAGAAAUGUUAAUUGAAAAUAUACCAUCUUUAAGAUUACCAACUCAAGAAAAUUUAUAUGACAAAUUAGAUUCGAAAACUAAAGCAUCUUUUACUCGCCAAUAUAAUUCUAUUCAUGUUGUUAAAAAUGAUCCCAAUGCUGUUAAAAAAAGUCUUAAAUCGAUUGAUAAAAAAUCAUCUUAUAAAAAUAAUGAAGAUGAAAUAGAUGAAGAUAUGGAUGACUUCAGUGACUCAAAAGAAGACAAAGAUGAUGAUGUUUUAGUCAAAGCCAAGCUUGAUAAAAAAAAUACUACUAAAAAUAAGCUAGCUACAAAGCCAAAGGCUUCCAAAAAAAAAUAA